AUGGGUGAUUCUCCGCGCUGUGCCGCUGUCUUCGCCUCUCUCGCUUUGAAAGGAAUCGAUUAUGAGUACCGGCCAAUUAACAUGCUUACUGAACCAGGUGAACAGUUUAGUGAAGAGUUUCGGAAGGUGAAUCCCAAGUGUGAAUUACCUGCGCUGCAAAUUGAUGGAUUAACUCUGACACAAUCUCUUCCAAUAAUUGAAUAUUUGGAAGAGACACGAGCUCAGAUUGGACGCCCAUUGCUUCCAAAGGACCCGGCCAAACGAGCUGUUGUUAGGAAGUUGUCGGAAAUCAUCAAUUCUGGGAUCCAACCGCUGCAGAAUCUUUCUGUUAUGCGGUAUCUACCACCAGAUGUGUCCAGGGAUCAGUGGGCCCAACAUUGGAUCAACAGAGGCUUCCAAGCCCUUGAGGACGAAUUGGCAAAAGUGGCUGGGAAAUUCUGCCUUGGAGACGAGCUCUCGAUGGCUGAUAUUUUUUUGGUACCACAAGUUGUGAAUGCACAUCGGUUCCACAUAGACAUGUCGCAAUAUCCACUGAUCGAACGGAUUUCCAGUUCUCUCAGGGAGCUUGAUGAGUUUCGAAGGACGGCACCUGAAGUGCAACCGGAUGCACCACAACGAGGCUCUCGUACGGGAAAUUUAUAGGAACACUUUCAACUGCAUCCUGGGGAAGGCCUUAUUACAACUUUACAACCUGUUCGAUUUCGUGAACGAUUUGGCUAUUCUUUCACCUUUCUCUAUGAUUUUCGUUUCUUAUGCAAUGUAUUGUUACCCGUGUGGAUUGUAAGUCAUAAUGAUCGUAAAAAAUCCCGCUGCUCUUAUUAUUCACGACGGUUGGCUGCCACGACAGAUUGAGUUGGUUUCUGUGCACG